AUGUGCCUUUUAAUCUUCCGCUUUUUCGUCUCUUGGUACUUGGCCCGCAAAUCCGUCUCUCUAUUUCUGUCUCUCGUCUCUAUCUCCUACCCAACUCUCUCUCUCUCCCCCUAUCUAUCUAUCUAUCUAUCUAUCUAUCUAUCUAUCUAUCUAUCUAUCUAUCUAUCUGAAAUUAGAUAUGGUUAUAAAAUGUGCGUCAAAGGCGCCAACGCCGUAAAAAGCACAGUGCAAAACCCAUCUGUUAACCAUCAUGCUAUUUUAUUUAGGAACUUAACGUUAAAAUUAAAAUCCUUUUGUUCGACAUCUUAUAUUAAUAUCUAUCUAUCUAUCUAUCUAUCUAUCUAUCUAUCUAUCUCACUCUGUUCAUAUCUAUCUAUCUAUCUAUCUAUCUAUCUAUCUAUUUCACACUGUUCAUAUCUAUCUAUCUAUCUAUCUAUCUAUCUAUCUAUCUAUCUAUUUCACACUGUUCAUAUCUAUCUAUCUAUCUAUCUAUCUAUCUAUGUAUCUAUCUAUCUAUCUAUCUAUCUAUUUCACACUGUUCAUAUCUAUCUAUCUAUCUAUCUAUCUAUCUAUCUAUCUAUCUAUCUAUUUCACACUGUUCAUAUCUAUCUAUCUAUCUAUCUAUCUAUCUAUCUAUCUAUCUAUCUAUCUAUCUCACUCUGUUCAUAUCUAUCUAUCUAUCUAUCUAUCUAUCUAUCUAUCUAUCUAUCUAUCUAUCUAAUGUCUAUUUCAGAAUAUACAAGUGCAGAGCAAAAAUAUUAA